GGAAGUUGUACCACUCUUUUGUUUUGGAACUUAUAAUUUCAUGCUUGGGUCGAGUCGUAGUCGUAUAACCUUUGUUAAAGUUGUAAUUAUUCCUGUACACGCAUGAUAUUAUUACUUACACGCAAAGCAGAUACAUAUGCAGUUUGUUCUACUGUCUUAACGUUUAUGUUUGAUAGUUUGGGGAGGCCUGCUGUGUUCAUGCUAGCAAGUUGGCUAACAGAAUGGUAUCCAAAGGCAACAGCCCGUAAGGUCGGUGAUUAUUUAAAGCUAAUUAGCCAGUUAGCUGGCGAGCUAUGACCGCAGUCAGACUUGCCUCAUGACUCUACUCGACAGUGUUUGUGUUUGUGGAGUGUAUAUGCACCUUCAACCAACAUUUAGGCUCGUAUGACGUAGCGUUGACACGUUAACAAACUGUGGCUCGCUUUGGCAUCACCUGUUAGCCAGCCAGCUAGCUAGCUCGCUUCUCAGCCUACACUUGUGCCCAUGGUGAAUACAGUUCGUUAGUGAAAGAGCUGUUUUAGGCUGAAGGAAAGAUGCCGUGCACGUGCGGGAACUGGAGGAGGUGGAUCCGGCCUCUGGUGGUCCUUCUGUAUAUUUUGCUGCUUCUUGUGGUCCUUCCCCUGUGUAUUUGGGAACUGCAGAAAUCAGAGGUCGGAACCCACAACAAAGCAUGGUUCAUUGCGGGUAUAUUUGUGUUUAUGACUAUACCUAUAUCUCUGUGGGGAAUCCUUCAGCACCUCGUGCACUACACACAACCCGAGCUACAGAAACCAAUCAUUCGGAUCCUUUGGAUGGUUCCUAUAUACAGUUUAGACAGCUGGAUAGCUCUGAAGUACCCUAACAUUGCCAUCUAUGUGGACACCUGCAGAGAGUGCUAUGAGGCUUACGUCAUCUACAAUUUCAUGAUCUUCCUGCUCAAUUACCUUGGUAACCAGUAUCCCAGCCUGGUGUUAAUGCUGGAGGUACAACAGCAACAGAAGCACCUCCCCCCUCUCUGCUGCUGCCCGCCCUGGCCAAUGGGAGAGGUGCUACUGCUGCGGUGUAAACUGGGAGUUUUACAGUAUACUGUAGUCAGACCUGUCACCACCGUCAUCGCCCUAAUUUGUCAGCUUUGUGGGGUCUACGACGAAGGAAACUUCAGCUCGAAAAAUGCUUGGACCUAUUUGGUUAUUGUCAACAACCUGUCCCAACUCUUUGCCAUGUACUGCCUGGUGCUGUUCUACAAGGCCCUGAGAGAAGAGCUCAGUCCCAUUAAACCAGUGGGCAAAUUCCUCUGCGUCAAACUGGUGGUGUUUGUGUCUUUCUGGCAAGCUGUGUUCAUCGCUCUCCUGGUGAAGGUGGGCAUAAUCUCGGAUUCUCACACAUGGGACUGGGAUAGUGUGGAGGCUGUGGCCACAGGACUACAGGACUUUAUCAUCUGUGUGGAGAUGUUCCUGGCGGCCAUCGCUCAUCACUUCAGUUUCACCUAUAAGCCUUACAUCCAGGAGGCCGAGGAAGGCUCCUGUUUCGACUCCUUCCUCGCCAUGUGGGACAUCUCGGACAUCCGUGCCGACAUAUCCGAGCAAGUCCGCAACGUCGGGAGGACGGUUAUGGGCCGCCCCAGGAAAACGUAUUUCGGUGAGGAGGCCGAACAUGACGAGCACACGGGCCUGCUGUCGUCUGGGGCCCAGGGCCCAAUCACAGAAGCCUCUUCUACGCCCCCCUCCCCAAAGGGGCGGUACCAGGGCCUAGGCCGCACCCCAACCCCCCACUCACUCUCUGCCCCCGCUGGACUCAGCUCCACCCCUUGGGAGGGAGACGUAGACGACAUCCCGCCCACCGUCCUGUCUGGAGACCCCAAAGACCACCCCAGUUCAGACUACGCGACCAUCACAUAGCCCGCCCCUGAACGUUAGCGGUUUUAGCUACUGCAGCUAACGCGUGUCAAACCUUUAGCGGUUCGGCUAACGCGCUAAAGCUUCAGUAGCUAACACUCAAGUCAGAAAUGGAGUUGGGUUUACAACCAGUAAAGGCCCGCUCUUGACUUUUAGUCCGGCAUUACACUGCUGAAAGACUUGACCAAAAAAUAAACCACAGUACACAAACAAAGCACAUUGUAGUCUAGCAAUAUGGGAGUUUGUUCUGAGUCAGGGCCAUGACCUUCAAAAGACCUUUCCUCAAGACAGCUUCAUGAAUGUUAAUUAGUCGUGAAUUACAUCAUGGUACGUGACGGACGAUUGCUUUAAACUCUAAUUUGCUUUUAAAAGCCGCAUUGGGAGUGAUCAAAUCAUGUGAUGAUUUCUCUGAUUAAAUUAGUAUUAAUGUCAAAGUUUAUCUGAUUGUUUUAAACCAUUUUAAGAGGGAGAGCAGAAAUCAGUCUCUUUUCUUUCUUUGAGGAAAAACUUCAAAGCGUUAGUAUUUUUAGGGUUCGACCAUCAGAAACUGACUGGAGUUACUGACUUGCGCCUCACAUAAAACUGAAACUCGAAAAAACUCAAAAUAUAAGCUUACUGCACUGGGUGUCAGUGGCUUUGCAUAAGCCAGGCAGCCACAGUGUGCCUGUAGCAAAGACAAGCUCGUGGAGAUUAAACUGAAGCAGACGGCAUGUCUGCGAUGCAUGUGGGUCUCACAGCCGAAGCCUCAAUUCACUUCUGAAACACUUACACAUCUCUGCAUCAACAGCACUUUCUGUUUCGACUGGUUGUUUGUUACUUUUUGGUUUGUUUGUUUUUUGGAAACGAUUCAGUAACAUUUGGUUAGUCUUGGGUACCAGUUGAUGAGAGAUUGUCACAGUUGUGCUAACUUGACUCUGUAGAAAAAGGACGGAUUUUCAUUUAUCUGUUCUUUGAAAGGAAAAUGUUCUGCCAAGCCGACGUACAAAUAUUAGCCAAAGCUGUCUAUUAUCAUUUUUCGUUUGUUUCUUUUUUCUGAAUCUGUUUAUAAGGUUUCUCUUUAACUCAUGCGUCAUUCAGAAGCCUGAUGAAAUAACCAAUAUCUUCCACAACUCAAACACUUGAAUUCCUGCUGUAAUACGCUUUUUUUUGUUUGUUUGUUUGUUUUUUCUUUCGUUCUUUUUAAUAUGUCAUAUAGUUGGGUCACACACAGGCAUAUUCGUGUAAUGACUGAUCUUGAAUAAUGGAAAAUGAUUUUUCUCUUCCUCUUAAUAUUUUUCUUUAAGUGUCAUAUCUGUGAGCAGUAAUCUGAUCGGGGAGGACAUUUCCUGUGUCACUGUCAAAGCAGCUUUUUUUCAAUGCCUUAUCUGUCAGUGGUUGUUAUAAAUCAUUAAACCUCAGAGGGGAGAGAGA